AUGCCUUCCUAUCUUAUCACUGGUGCCAGUCGCGGUCUGGGAUUUGAAUUCGUUCGGCAUCUUGCUCAGGGUCCAAAGAAUACCGUCAUUGGUCUUGUCCGGAACAAAGCUGCGGCUGAUGUAAAGGCCAAGGAAGAGGGACUUCAUAAUGUUCACAUGGUCGAGGCUCAGUAUACAGAUUUGUCAUCUCUAAAGAAAGCCGCAGAAGUUGUCAAAGAUAUUACGGCCGGCGGUCUGGACUAUCUUAUCAACAAUGCCGCCAUCGUCUCGCACAUCAGCGAAUUCAAAACUUUAGGUGAUUUUGAUGAUGAUUUCGAGACUCUGGAAAAAGACAUCUUAGAAUCGCUGGAAAUCAACCUUCUAGGCGUCAUUAAGACAGUGCAUGCAUUUUUCCCUCUAAUCCGCAACGGCAACGGCAAAAAGAUUAUUGCCAUUUCCAGUGGUAUGGCCGAUAUCGACCUGAUCAAUGCAACCGAAGUAGCUUUUGCCAGCCCUUACGCUAUCAGCAAGGGUGCUCUCAAUGUCGCUAUUGCUAAGUACAACGCCCUUUACAACAAGGAAGGUAUUCUUUUCCUCGCAGUUAGUCCGGGAUAUGUAUCAACCGAGCGAAACAAAGUGGAAGCGGCCCCAGAAGAUGUUGACAAGGCAAAUAUUCUUGUGGGCAAGUUCGUCGAGUAUGCACCGCACUUUCAGCGCCCCUUGACACCCGAGGAGUCGGUCACUGCUGUCCUUUCCGUCAUGAAUAAAGCCUCAAUCGCAAACGGAGAUGGUGGUGCAUUUAUCUCACAUCUAGGGAACAAACAGUGGCUGUAA